AUGGCAGCGACCUUCCGCCGCGCCGUCCUCGACCAGCCCGGGAUCGCAUCGAUGGUUUUUGAGUUUCACUUUGGGUUGUAUGAAGACGUGCGCGUGGCCUUUCUCGCCUGCGACGACUUCGUGGAGUUCAACGCCGAAUACGAACGGUACUUUUUCGAUGUGUCGUUCACAAAGACAUUUGCACCAGACGUCGUGUGGGCCCGCAAAGGGAGCGAGCUCCACGCCCCGUACUACUGUCUGCUUCCCAAGCAGCGCGAUGACCGAUUGCCCUUGCAUGUUGCCAUUUACCAAGGCUUCGUGGAGCUGACGAAGCGCAUGCUUCGCUGCCGACCAGACCUCGCCACCAAAGACGCGAUUGUUUUGGCCAUGCAAAAAAGCCGUCUCGAGAUUGCCGCGUUCCUCUUGGAUGAGCGAGCGACCAUGCCCGCGCUCUAUCGCUAUUAUGUACCCCUGUCCCUGCCCAACGUCCAAGGUAUCCUGGACAAGUGACACAUUUUCCAAGCCCGAGAAGCGUC